GAAGCAGCACUCCGGUCGCCGAGUCUUCCGGUUCGCUGGCUCCGGAAGCCGCACUACUUCGUUCUCCUGGUUGGUCUCUAAUCACCAUGGCGCUGGCCGUCUUGCGCGUGCUGGAACCCUUCCCGACCGAGACAUCCCCUUUGGUAGUGCUGCUGCCGCCCGGAGGUCCAUGGCCUGCGGCGGGACUAGGCCUGGUUCUGGCCCUGCGGCCUGCAGGAGAGAGUCCGGCAGGGCCAGCGCUGCUGGUGGCUGCCCUGGAACGACCAGGUGCUGAGACUGAGGAGCAGGGUCCUGGGCCCCCGCAGCUGCUGGUUAGCCGCGCACUGCUGCGGCUUCUAGCCCUGGGCCCCGGGGCGCAGGUGCGGGCGCGGCCCGUGCGACGGCCCCCGACACUGGGCUGGGCGCUGCUUGGCACCUCACCGGGGCCGGGGCUCGGACCGCGAGUCGGACCACUGCUGGUGAGGCGCGGAGAGACCCUGCCAGUGCCGGGGCCGCGGGUGCUGGAGACGCGGCCGGCGUUGCAAGGGCUCCUGGGCCCGGGGACGCGGCUGGCUGUAACUGAGCUCCGCGGGCGGGCCAGACUGUGCCCGGGGACUGGGGAUAAUAGCCGACCACCGCCCCCGCCGGUGGUGUCCACCUUCGCUGUCUCCGGCACAGUCAGGCAACUCCAAGGAGUUCUGGGAGGGACCGGAGAUUCACUGGGUGUGAGCCGGAGCUGUCUCCGUGGUCUCGGCCUCUUCCAGGGCGAAUGGGUGUGGGUAAUCCGGGCCGGAGAGUUGUCCAAUACUUCUCAGCCGCACUUGGCUACGGUGCAGGUCCUGCAGCCUCGCUGGGACCUUUCUCAGAGACUGGGACCCGUCUCUGGGCGGCUGGGAGACCCGCUAGCUGACCGAAUGGCCCUCGUGCCUGCCACUCUGGCUUUUAAUCUCGGCUGUGACCCCAUGGACGUGGGAGAGCUCAGAAUUCAGAGGUACUUGGAAGGCUCUAUCACCCGUGAAGACAAAGGAAGCUGCUCAUUGCUGCCUGGGCCUCCAUUUGCAAGAGAGUUAUACAUCGAAAUUGUGUCCUCUCCCCACUACUGCUCUAAUGGAAGUUAUGACCAUGUUCUUUACCAGCACUUUCAGACACCCAGGGUGGUACAGGAAGGGGAUGUUCUGUGUGUGCCAACAUUCGGGCAAGUCGAGAUCCUGGAAGGAAGUCCAGAGAAGCUGCCCAGGUGGCGGGAAAUGUUUUUUAAAGUGAAGAAAACAGUUGGGGAUGCUCCGAAUGAACCAACUAGUGCCUACUUGGCAGACACCACUCAUACCUCCUUAUAUAUGGUGGGUUCUACUUUGAGCCCUGUCCCAAUGCUUUCUUCAGGAGAAUCCACUCUCUGGAGCAGCUUGUCUCCUCCCGGUCUGGAGGCCUUGGUGACUGACCUUUGCACUGCCCUAAAGCCACGCCUUCAGCCAGGGGGAUCCCUGCUGACAGGAACUGGCUGUGUCCUUCUACGGGGCCCCCCGGGCAGUGGGAAGACCACAGCAGUUGCCGCUGCCUGCAGUCGCCUUGGGCUUCACUUUCUGAAGGUGCCCUGCUCCAGCCUCUGUGCAGACAGCAGUGGGGCUGUGGAGGCAAAACUUCAAGCCACCUUCUCCCGGGCACGCCGCUGCCGGCCUGUGGUACUGUUGCUCACAGCAGUGGAUCUUCUGGGCCGGGACCGCGAUGGGCUGGGUGAGGAUGCACGUGUGGUGGCCACAUUGCGUCACCUCCUCCUCAAUGAGGACCCCCCAAGCAGCCGCCCUCCCCUGAUGGUUGUAGCCACCACAAGCCGGGUCCAGGACCUGCCUGCUGAUGUGCAGACAGCAUUUCCUCAUGAGCUAGAGGUGCCUGUGCUCUCAGAGGGGCAACGGCUCAGCAUCCUGCAGGCGCUCACCACUCACCUGCCCUUGGGCCAAGAGGUGAACCUGGCCCAGCUAGCUCGGCGGUGUGCAGGUUUUGUGGUAGGAGAUCUCUAUGCCCUUCUGACCCACAGCAGCCGAGCAGCCUGCACCAGGAUCAAGAAUUCAGGUGUGUCAGGUAGCUUGAGCGAGGAAGAUGAAGGGGAACUGUGUGCUGCUGGCUUCCCCCUUCUGGCUGAGGACUUUGGGCAGGCACUGGAGCAACUGCAGACAGCUCACUCCCAGGCUGUGGGAGCACCCAAGAUUCCCUCAGUGUCCUGGCAUGAUGUAGGCGGGCUGCAGGAGGUGAAGAAGGAGAUUCUGGAGACCAUCCAGCUCCCUCUGGAGCACCCUGAGCUCCUGAGCCUGGGCCUGAGACGCUCAGGCCUCCUGCUGCACGGGCCCCCUGGCACAGGCAAGACCCUCCUAGCCAAGGCAGUAGCCACUGAGUGCAGCCUUACCUUCCUCAGCGUGAAGGGGCCAGAACUCAUCAACAUGUAUGUGGGCCAAAGUGAGGAGAAUGUACGAGAAGUGUUUUCCAGGGCCAGGGCUGCUGCUCCAUGUAUCAUUUUCUUUGAUGAACUGGAUUCCUUGGCCCCAAGCCGGGGGCGAAGUGGAGACUCUGGAGGAGUGAUGGACAGGGUGGUGUCUCAGCUACUGGCUGAGCUGGAUGGACUUCAUAGCACUCGGGAUGUGUUUGUGAUUGGUGCCACCAACCGACCAGACCUCUUGGAUCCUGCCCUUCUGCGGCCUGGCAGAUUUGACAAGCUGGUGUUCGUAGGGGCAAAUGAGGAUCGUGCCUCCCAGCUGCGUGUUCUAAAUGCCAUCACACGCAAGUUCAAGCUAGAGCCCUCUGUGAGCCUGGUGAAUGUGCUGGAUUGCUGCCCUCCCCAACUGACAGGCGCAGACCUCUAUUCUCUCUGCUCUGAUGCCAUGACAACUGCCCUCAAACGCAGGGUUCAUGACCUGGAGGAAGGGCUGGACUUGGCAAGCUCAGCACUGCUGCUUACCAUGGAGGACCUGCUGCAGGCCGCCACCCGCCUGCAGCCCUCAGUCAGUGAGCAGGAGCUACUCCGGUACAAGCGCAUCCAGCGCAAGUUUGCUGCCUGCUAGGAGCUGCCUGCAGUCUGGGACUGCCCACAAUGGCAAAAGUACCAAGGAAGAGGGGCCAAAAAGCAAAGUCAUCUUUAUCGGGGAGCAGCCACCCAGGAAGAGUCUGGAAAUGGGUAGAGCUCAAGGAAAGUGACAUCCCCAAGGUCACACCUCUCACCUUUGCAGUCUGGCAAAUGGGCAAAACUGUUUCCAAGACAGAUGACUGCAUCAAAGCCACCUCCUGCUGGUUGGGGCACAUCUUUAUCCAGCGUCAUCCAGUUGGCUUCUUCAAUGACUGGGGGCCAGGAAGGAGAAGAGGAAUUAUAGUGGCCUCAUGGUACCAGUACCAUCCACCUUCGCCAAGUGCAAUCCCGCCUUAGUUUCUUCUUCAAUACACACAUACACACACAAUCUCCAUCCAGUUAGAGAGAAUUGUGAUGGACAUUUGGAUAGUGAGAAGGGAGGAGAGGGCCAUUUGCGGGGAGAAGGACUCUCUGCUUAUGGGUUUUUAUCUGGGAGGAGGGACAGGAUGCUAUAAACAGUUAAAACUAGCCUUUCAGAACUGGGUGUGGUGGUGCACACCUCUAGUCCCAUCUACUCAGGAGGCUGAGGCAAGGAGGACCAGCCCAGGCAACAUAGAUUCCAUCUCUAAAAGGGUAGGGGUACUGGAAGUAUAGUGUUUUGAUAGAACUCAUGCAUAGCAUGCCCAAGGCCCUGGGUUCAAUCCCCAGCACCAAAAACAAACUAGCCCUUGACAACCAGUAGCUCAUUCUGAUGCUUAAGCCUCCCUUUCAGGAAAAUGACAGUAAUUGUUAUCUCCUGAGGAAAACAAAACACCCAGACUACCCCAUGCAAAGGAGCCCAGGGAGGAGAGAAGAGUGUUCCAGGAAGUGGUUGGUCAGGAAGGCCCGGCUAGACUUACAUACCCCACUUGUCGAAGGCAGGCUCCUGCCGCCGGUUCCAGCGCUCUUUAAGUGCAUACUUCAACAUUUUGUCACUGGCAUCCACACUCGUCACACUGAAACCCUCUUCCACCAGCAUGAUGGAGUCCACCCUGGGCAGGGCCAGGGAUGAGAGGCCAAGAAAGGCAGUCAGGACAGCCUGGAAUGCCAAGGAGGCCCUGCACAAGACACCUCCUUCUAAACUCUUGAGUUUCUUCCCCUGCUGCUUCUCCCAGACCCUCCCCACUGACCUCAAAUGACCUCAGAAAUCUGUACUGGGAAUUGUACUCAGGGGUUCUCUACUACUGAGCUAUAUCCCCAGCCUUUUUUUAUUUUUUGAGACAGGGUAUUGCUAAGUUGACCCAGUUGGCCUCAGACUUGUGAUCCUCCUGCCUCAGGCACUAAAAUAGCUGGGAUUUCAGAAACGUGCCACCAAAUCUGGCAUAAAUCUGUUUCUUAUCACUGGAUGGUAACCUUUAUUUCAUAGCACUGUGUCAGAGCCAGGCACUCUACAAAUGUGCGUUCACCCUUUGGGCAAUCCUGUGAGGUAGAUGGUAUUCUCAUUUGUGAGACUGGCACACUGUGGCUCCUGUAAAAAACUAGUUCACUAGAGGCAAUAUAUGUAGCAUGCUGGUUUGGAGCAUAGACCAGAUCCUAAACCCCCUCUGGGCCUGUAUCUUCACUACUUGGGAAACUUUGUUACUUCUAUGGGGCCUACUACUGGGGAGUAAUAAAUUGAGGAUUAUCAUAAUUA